GAGCACGCAGUCACGUGACUGCUACGGCUUCCUCCGUAUGACAUCACUGCCUUUGCAGCCAUAGCAGGAAAGAAAGGAUGGUGUCUGGAAUUUGGGGGUUGAACUAAACGAUGUUGCAUUGCAGGUACUAAUAUGGUUAAUGCUGGAAACAUGAAUGGGUCUGGAAAUUUGAUGGAUUUUUUGGAUGAACCUUUCCCCGAUGUUGGGACAUAUGAAGACUUUCAUACCAUUGAUUGGUUGAGGGAGAAGUCACGUGACACAGACAGGCAUAGAAAGAUUACAAACAAAAGCAAGGAGUCAAUAUGGGAGUUCAUCAAAAGUUUACUAGAUGCCUGGUCAGGAUGGGUUGUGAUGCUUCUUAUAGGACUGCUGGCAGGCACAUUAGCUGGAGUUAUCGAUUUGGCGGUGGACUGGAUGACAGAUCUGAAAGAAGGUGUCUGUUUAUCCGCAUUCUGGUACAGCCAUGAGCAGUGUUGCUGGACAUUUAACGAAACUUCUUUUGAGGACCGGGACAAAUGUCCGCAGUGGCAAAAGUGGUCUGAACUUCUAGUUAACCAGUCCGAGGGUGCAAGCGCUUACAUUCUAAAUUAUUUUCUUUACAUUUUGUGGGCUCUAUUAUUUGCUUUCCUGGCUGUCUCCCUUGUCCGGGUUUUUGCUCCCUACGCCUGCGGCUCUGGAAUUCCAGAGAUAAAGACCAUCUUGAGUGGUUUCAUUAUAAGGGGCUACCUGGGCAAGUGGACCCUCUUAAUCAAAACAGUAACUCUGGUUCUGGUGGUGUCUUCCGGACUCAGCCUUGGCAAAGAAGGGCCGCUGGUGCACGUGGCUUGUUGCUGUGGCAACUUUUUCAGCAGCCUCUUCUCCAAGUACAGCAAGAACGAGGGAAAGAGACGAGAGGUGCUUUCAGCCGCCGCUGCUGCCGGUGUCUCUGUUGCCUUUGGAGCACCAAUCGGUGGUGUCCUUUUUAGCCUAGAAGAGGUGAGUUAUUAUUUUCCACUGAAGACUCUCUGGAGAUCCUUUUUUGCUGCCCUCGUUGCUGCUUUUACCUUGAGAUCCAUCAAUCCAUUCGGAAACAGCCGCCUGGUUCUGUUUUAUGUGGAGUAUCACACGCCUUGGUACAUGGCCGAACUUUUCCCCUUCAUUCUGCUGGGAGUUUUUGGAGGUUUGUGGGGGACGCUUUUCAUCCGAUGCAACAUUGCCUGGUGCAGGAGGCGCAAAACCACCAAGCUUGGAAAGUACCCGGUCUUAGAGGUCAUCGUGGUGACUGCCAUCACUGCCAUCAUUGCUUUCCCCAAUCCGUACACUCGCAGGAGCACCAGCGAGCUCAUCUCAGAACUGUUCAAUGACUGCGGCGCUCUGGAGUCCUCGCAGCUCUGCGACUACAUAAAUGACCCCAAUAUGACGAGGCCUGUGGACGAUAUUCCUGACAGACCGGCUGGGAUUGGAGUGUACAUGGCUAUGUGGCAACUCGCCCUGGCUCUGGUUUUUAAAAUCAUCAUCACAAUAUUUACCUUUGGUAUGAAGAUCCCUUCAGGACUCUUCAUACCUAGUAUGGCUGUGGGAGCUAUCGCUGGAAGAAUAGUUGGCAUCGGAGUGGAGCAGUUGGCCUAUCAUCACCAUGACUGGAUCAUCUUCCGGAACUGGUGCAGGCCAGGAGCUGACUGUGUCACCCCAGGACUUUACGCCAUGGUGGGAGCUGCAGCUUGUUUAGGCGGAGUCACCAGAAUGACAGUCUCUCUUGUCGUGAUCAUGUUUGAGUUAACAGGAGGAUUGGAGUACAUAGUACCCUUGAUGGCUGCAGCUGUCACUAGCAAAUGGGUAGCUGAUGCCUUUGGCAAAGAAGGGAUCUACGAGGCACACAUACAUUUGAACGGCUAUCCGUUUCUGGAUGUGAAGGAUGAGUUCACCCACAGAACACUGGCCACUGAUGUCAUGAGGCCUAGGCGCGGAGAGCCGCCUCUCUCCGUCCUGACCCAAGACAGCAUGACGGUGGAAGAUGUGGAGACGUUAAUCAAGGAGACGGACUACAAUGGCUUUCCAGUGGUGGUUUCUAAAGACUCUGAACGCCUUAUAGGCUUUGCACAGAGGCGGGAGUUGAUUCUCGCCAUAAAAAAUGCAAGGCAGCGGCAGGAUGGUGUAGUCAGCAAUUCCAUUAUCUAUUUCACUGAAGAGCCUCCAGAAGUCCCGGCAAACAGCCCUCACCCCCUGAAGCUCCGGCGUAUUCUCAAUCUGAGCCCCUUUACUGUCACAGACCACACGCCCAUGGAAACAGUGGUAGACAUUUUCCGGAAGCUUGGACUCAGGCAGUGUCUUGUCACACGCAGUGGGAGGCUUCUGGGCAUCAUAACAAAAAAGGACGUGUUAAGGCAUAUGGCUCAAAUGGCUAAUCAGGACCCUGAAUCCAUCAUGUUUAACUAGGCUGAUCCCAGAGGACAGGCUUUCAAUGGAACUUUACUGGACUAAUAGAUGUGGAUUUUGUACAGUACUUCAUUUUUGGUUUGUUUCGUUUUGUUAAAAUGAGAUUUAAAUAAGAUGGAAUCAUAUCCAGGGCAGAACCAAAGGAAAAUGCUGACGGGGGGAGCGAAUGCAACGUUAGAGUUUGGAAAUGCUAUGCACCUGCAGAUGGGCUUGGGCUAAACGCUACUCUUGUCAUGGGAACGUUUACUCCCAUGGUGAGUUUCCAAUUCUUCCCUUCCAUGGUAGUUUCCUCAGGAGCCAUCAUCACCUAGUUGUUUUCCCUAUCCCCUUUGCACGUAAACUCUGAUAGGGGGGAGAGAAACUCUACUACGUGAUCAGCCUUGAGUCAAAAUGUGAGUGCUGUGAUAUAGUUUGUGGGAGGGGAGGGUGGGGAGGAAGUCACCAAGAGGUUUGAUCCUACAGAAUUACAUAUAAGUAGCAACCAAGGUACUUAUAACUGCUUGGUUGGUGCAUGCAUAGGUGUGAAAUGGUUUGUGUUGACAAGGAAUGGGAAGCAUGGAGGAAUGCCACCAACUCGAUAGGGUGAUGUAGAAAAAUAGCAAGCAUAUUUAGAAAUACAGUAUUAAGACAAAUGCAAAAACGUUGUGUUCAAAACAGCUGUGUGCUAGACAUGUUUUUCUCUCCUAAGUUUAGCACUUAUUUGUUAAUGGAUUAUGCUAAAGUAUUUUCAGGAAAUGUAUAAUUUUAUGAAGAAAUGUAUUGCUUUUGCCUAUUUUUGUAGAUAGACAAAGUAGAUUUAAAGCUGUGCUUCAGUUGACUUUCAGCAUUGUAAAACUGGCUUCGUUUACUAAGUUUUAUCCAACUUAAAUUCUCACGUUCAUUUUUGAGGUGAUGAAAUUGCCAUGAUGUGACUUCUGACUGUCAUUUUUACAUGGUGAAUAUUUCUUCUCAUUGGCUGCAUUUGCAUGUAAUGCUAAACUUUGGUUUAACACUGCAUGCGCAGGCUGGAAUGAGGAAGAAUACGACUUGGGUCAUGUUUCUCCUUCUCUUACAGAAUCCCAGUUUGCAUGAACCAGAGAUCAUGAUUUGCAAGUAACUUUGGUCAGUUUUAAAGCAACAUGGCUUUUACAUUAACCAGAAGUUGCUUUUGAAGAAAACAAACCAUGACCUCUGAUUCAUAUGCAACUGCAAGCAAGGACUUUUAUGUAAGCAGAACUAAACACUGCCCAAGCCCUCAUCUUGGCUAUGCAGGAGGAAGGGAGGAGAGUGCAUGAGUUUAUUUAUGUAAUGCUAAACCAUGCAAACUGGGCCACUGUUUCCACAGUGGUAAAAUCUGCAAUUGACUACAUCCUGGAGAUUUUAAUCACAGUUUUUUCAGGCUCAUGACAUGUAAAAGUUGAACCAUAGCCACAUCACUCAGUCAUGAAAGAUAAUUGGAAAUGAGCUUCAGUAUUUUUAUCAAUAGGAUUUUUUUAAUCCUUCCUAAUGCACAGCAAAGUUGUUAAUAUUUAUUACUUCUCUAUGCAAAUAUUGCAUCAUUUUUGGGUUUAUGCCACAGUAAUUUUUUGCAGUGUAAAAUACUUUGUAAACCAUGUUUUCUGUAUAAUGAAUGCACUGCUGUACCAGUUCUAGCUAAUUUCUUCUUCCUCCAGUUGGGAGUUCUUUGCGCAGACUUAAAGGUUCUGACACCUGGGAUAUUUGUUACAGCAGAGAUAAUCUCCGCAUCUUCUUGGGCACAAGAGUCAUAGGGAAAGUUUUAUCUCUUUAAAGAAAGGUAGAAACAUGUUUCGUGAUAUUCAGUUCUCGUUUUAUUAUGGCUUCUUUGGCUGAUAUUGUUUACUACUGGAACAGAGGUAGCAAAAUGGUGCCUUUCAGAUGUUGCAGGAUUACGACUCCUAUCAGCUCCAGCCAGCACAGCCAGUGGUAAGGGAUGAUGGGAGUUGUAGUCUAUGACACCAGGAGAUCACCAUGUUGGAUAGCCUUGUACUAGAAGAAUGUGAGACACAAAAAAUGUCUUUCAGAACUCCACAAACUUGGGGAAGUAGUGACACUACAGGAUAGCUUUGCAAAUUGGUAAAUGUGGACUCCUUGGCCUGUAAUUUCAUCAACAUAAAUGAGUACUUUGGUUUCAAUUGUUUGUGGAUGGUUGAACAAUGCAUUUAUACGGCAUCUACUGCAUUUGUGGGUAUGCUGUGGGCUAUGCCUAACAAUUACCUUACUGCAACGUUCAUGACCUGGAGAUUAAAUUGCUUAUAACAGCAUGGAGGUGGCAUUUAAGAAACAUCAGUGCAUGGCAGUCACAAGAACCAUGCUCUAGAAGUAUGAAACAAGACUUGGGCCAAAGUGGUCAGUCCAUAGUUUUUCAUCAGCUUGGGAGUGGGGUGGAACAAAAAUGGCACCCAAAGAUAGUAAUAAAUUUCUCAAGUGUGACACACUAUUAUGGGGGGUGGGGGUGGGAAUGCCUAACUCCUCUGAAAAUUAUGCCUUUCCACAACAGACAAAUGGGCCUGCAAAUGUGGGUUGAGGGAAUGUGACCUAGCUAUCUUCAUAUUUUAAUGCGACUGGCUGGGCAAGCCACAAUGCAACCAUUUUAAAACUGAAGUCCAAGCCUUUAUUAGGUAGCCAAGUUAGCCAUGGGCCAUAAAUUGUAUAAAAACACACACACUCAAAGUUAAGUUUUCCAAAAGCCAAACCGAUCAUUCUCAACAGCGCAUGGAACCAAAUACGGAUAAUUAAAUAAUAUCAUAUUGUGGAACAGCCCCAGACAUUAAGUAUAGGAAGAGGAAAUCUGAUGCUCAGGGCGAUCUGAUAAGCACAUUGUUUCAAAGUAGCUUUCAAGAGUGAGGUAUGAUAUAAUAGUCAAGGCAGUGGUGAUGAUGUGGGUCGCUUGAAAAAUCUCAGUUUUCUAGCUCACAAUUAAAUUACUACAAGCACCGUAACACUAUUUAUUUGAGUAUUAAGGGUGUGCACGGGCCACAAGAUUCAGUUUUUCUCUGUAACUUUGCGAGGCAUCUUGACCUGUUUCAGAGCAGCUCUUUGUCAUUCAUUUUGCAUUUCUGAAUUCCAAACACAGGAGAAAAGGACUCACUGAAAUGUCUAUUUGCUAGUUUACAUGUGCAGGUAAAACUUGCAUGUACUCGCAAGAGGUCCACACAGAGGAAUUUGGUACGUGCUUAUUAACAAAAAGGUGUACAUUUUUAUGUAGAUACAUUUUAUGUCUCUUGGUUAAUAUAUAUUAACUGUUGAAAUUGCCUCAUGUUAUACCAGGUGUGCAUAAAUAUUAUUUCAUUUCAUUUAUGGGUUGCUCUUUUAAAAAUAAAAUAAUAAAGUGGCUUGCACAAAAUUACUAAUAGCAAUAAAAUGCAGCAUCUUAAAAAGGGAACACAAAUUAAUGCCACUUUAUUUUGGAAUUCUUGUAUUUUUACUACUCAGCAACUAAAUUUUGAAUAGAGAGGCAAAUGAUCUACUUCCUCUGUGACUUUAUCUGUAAUUUGUGUUCUGGCUAUUGAAAACUAUUUAUCCUCUUUACAGGUUUCCUGUCCUUGAAAUAUAGGGAGGAAAGUAAAUUUUAAUUCGGGAUGUACGUGUAAUCUACUUUAUACGUUAGGGAGUAAGAAAAUAAAUUGUAUCUAGAAGCAAAUAACAUUUUCCAUCUUUAAGCACAAAGAUCGUCCCUUUUUUGCAGAUGCUGAGACCUUAUUUAAAAAAUCUGCAUCCACCAAGUGAAAUUAAUAUUUGUAAGUAUUUUAAAUUUGCCUUUUUUCCUUUCACUUAUGCCAUUCAUAAUAGUAUGACAUUUUCAUGUCUGAAUUUUCUUAUCUUCAGAAGUUGAAUAUAAAUACCAGAGAUUUUUUGGCUUUUUUGACACUGAGAAAUGUCAAAUAUGAUUUGUAAAUGGACAAUUGUUAAAUACAAAUUACCAUUGAACAUUAUCUCAUAGUUAACCCUGUAAGAUUAAAAAUGCCGCUGCAUUCAAAGGCUGUCAAAUGUUAAAUAUGAUUGCAGCCAUCAAGUAGUUUUCAAUCCUGUUUCGCAGGUAAGGAAGGGAAUAAGGGGAAACUGAAGAUCAAUAAUAACAGACAGGCUCUCCUGGUAGGUAGCUGGCCAACCACUGCUCAUCUUUUACAAAUUGCACACUACAAAGGAUUGUUGGGGGCUGAUGAACUCCUGAAUCCCCCAAAUCUGGCCUAGAAGCUUUUGUAAUGUAUCAAAGUUGUGUGGCAAAUAUGCAAUGCUUUUUUUGUCAGACAGUACAAGGUAGAAAACGUUCCGAGAAUCUGAAAACCACAGUGCUAUAUUAUCACAUGGUCAGAUAACAGUACAUUAAGAUCCUUGGUAUCUGUGCGCAUCAAUUGCUAAUUUUGUCAUCGGAUACAGAAAUCAAACAUGUUUGCUUGACAUAGCGCCACUAUGAAGUUUUCUGCCCACGAAUUUCAUUUGGGGGGAAAAAUUCACAGUGGAGAGUUAUGUGGAGAAAAAUCCAGUUGAAAUUAAUCUAUCAGUUGAUAAUAUGUGUCUAAUCAAAUUACCCAGAGACAGAUGAAAGCCUU